AUGCUGAUUCAGAUUCUCCUGGUAGUGUUUGCCACUAGCAGCUAUACAGCUGCAAAUAGUGCCCUGCGUUAUGACCAUGUGCAACAAACACGAUCUGAGGACGAUGAAGAUGAAGAACGCAGAAAACGUGAGGAAGACGAAGAUGAAGAAAAUGAAGACGAUGAAGAUGAAGAACGCAGAAAACGUGAGGAAGACGAAGAUGAAGAAAAUGAAGACGAUGAAGAUGAAGAACGCAGAAAACGUGAGGAAGACGAAGAUGAAGAAAAUGAAGACGAUGAAGAUGAAGAACGCAGAAAACGUGAGGAAGACGAAGAUGAAGAAAAUGAAGACGAUGAAGAUGAAGAACGCAGAAAACGUGAGGAAGACGAAGAUGAAGAAAAUGAAGACGAUGAAGAUGAAGAACGCAGAAAACGUGAGGAAGACGAAGAUGAAGAAAAUGAAGACGAUGAAGAUGAAGAACGCAGAAAACGUGAGGAAGACGAAGAUGAAGAAAAUGAAGACGAUGAAGAUGAAGAACGCAGAAAACGUGAGGAAGACGAAGAUGAAGAAAAUGAAGACGAUGAAGAUGAAGAACGCAGAAAACGUGAGGAAGACGAAGAUGAAGAAAAUGAAGACGAUGAAGAUGAAGAACGCAGAAAACGUGAGGAAGACGAAGAUGAAGAAAAUGAAGACGAUGAAGAUGAAGAACGCAGAAAACGUGAGGAAGACGAAGAUGAAGAAAAUGAAGACGAUGAAGAUGAAGAACGCAGAAAACGUGAGGAAGACGAAGAUGAAGAAAAUGAAGACGAUGAAGAUGAAGAACGCAGAAAACGUGAGGAAGACGAAGAUGAAGAAAAUGAAGACGGCUUGCACAUAUCUGGAUGGCAAGUUCUGGCCCUUGCUUUAAAAGACAGGUUUAUGGAUGCAGCUUCUAUGAAGAUGAAGAACGCAGAAAACGUGAGGAAGACGAAGAUGAAGAAAAUGAAGACGAUGAAGAUGAAGAACGCAGAAAACGUGAGGAAGACGAAGAUGAAGAAAAUGAAGACGAUGAAGAUGAAGAACGCAGAAAACGUGAGGAAGACGAAGAUGAAGAAAAUGAAGACGAUGAAGAUGAAGAACGCAGAAAACGUGAGGAAGACGAAGAUGAAGAAAAUGAAGACGAUGAAGAUGAAGAACGCAGAAAACGUGAGGAAGACGAAGAUGAAGAAAAUGAAGACGGUGAGCAAAACUACUUCCUACUUCCAUAUUCACCUGGUUCAUUCCCUUUUCCUCCAGUUCCCACAUGCCACAAAAAGUCAACUAGUGAAAGACAAGAUAUAA